AUUGUUCUGAAUAACUCAACAUGUGCACUUUGCUCUGCAAUGCAUUAAUGCUGCCAAACACAACUCAGCUCCUAUUUGAGAUGUUAUGUAAAAAAAAAAAAAUAAGAAAGAAGUGGUGGGAAAAUUUUAAGAAGCCUGCAAAGUAGUCUACAGAGCAGAGUAUAAUUAGUCUUUUUCUGUGUAUGUUAUUUAUAGGUCUGGCAGAAGUCUAGAGUCAAUGAUGAAAAAUCAGACAACACUGACAGAGUUCAUUCUUCUGGGACUGACAGAUGACCCCAACUUACAGAUCUUGAUUUUUCUCUUUCUCUUCUUUACCUAUAUAUUAAGUGUAUUUGGCAAUCUGACCAUUAUCAUUCUCACUUUGUUGGACUCUCGACUCAAGACUCCCAUGUACUUCUUCCUCAGAAAUUUCUCCUUUUUAGAAAUUUCCUUUACAUCUGUUUCCAUUCCAAGAUUCCUGAUAACUAUUUUAACUGGGGAUAGGACAAUUUCCUACAAUUUUUGUGCAGCACAAUUAUUCUUUUUCAUCCUCUUGGGCACAACAGAAUUUUUUCUGCUGGCUGCCAUGUCCUAUGAUCGCUAUGUGGCCAUCUGUAAACCUCUACAUUAUAUGACUAUUAUGAACAGCAAAGUCUGCAAUCAGCUUGUAAUCAGCUGUUGGCUGGCAGGUUUUCUCAUUAUCUUUCCACCAGUCACAAUGGGUCUCCAACUGGAGUUCUGUGACUCCAAUGUAAUUGAUCAUUUUGCAUGUGAUUCUUCUCCUGUCCUGAUGAUAUCCUGUACAGACACCAGAUAUUUAGAAGUCAUGAGUUUUUGCCUAGCUGUGUUCACACUCAUGGUCACUUUGGCAUUAGUGAUUUUGUCCUAUGCAUACAUUCUCAAAACUAUUCUGAGAAUUCCUUCUGCCCAGCAAAGGAAAAAGGCCUUUUCCACUUGUUCAUCCCACAUGAUUGUUGUCUCCAUCUCUUAUGGAAGCUGCAUCUUCAUGUAUGUCAAACCAUCUGCAAAAGAAGAGGUAGCUAUGACUAAAGGGGUAGCAGUACUGAAUACUUCUGUUGCUCCCAUGCUGAACCCCUUCAUUUAUACUCUAAGGAACCAGCAAGUGAAGCAAGCCUUUAAGGCCAUGGUCAAAAAGAUAUUGAACUCAAAUAAAUGA